AUGUUCAAUAAAAUAACCUUACUGCUUGCUUGUUUUAUCUUCAGGACAAUGAUUAUGCCAAUCACUUCUGAGUUCAACCCUGACUUUGUAUUAGUAUCAACUGGCUUUGAUGCUGUGGAAGGACAUGAACCUCCUCUAGGCGGGUACAAGGUGACAGCUCAAUGUUUUGCUCACCUCGUCAAACAGUUGUUGACACUGGCAGGUGGUCGAAUGGUGCUAGCCCUGGAGGGAGGACAUGAUCUUACUGCCAUCUGUGAUGCAUCAGAAGCUUGUCUAAAUGUUUUACUGGGAAACGAGUUGGAACCCAUCUCUGAAGACAUUCUUCAUCAAACACCUAAUGUGAACGCAAUAGUUUCCUUGCAAAAAUCCACUGCAAUUCAUAGGAAGUACUGGAAGUCUGUGAAGCCUUACAUCGUGCCAGUUAGCUGUAAGCUGGCUGAAACCCAAGAGAGAGAGGAGACAGAGGCAGUCUCAGCCAUGGCCUUACUUUCAGUGGAUGUUGAGCAGUCUUUUCUACCAGGACAUGGCAGAGAUUCUCCCAAUGCUUUUUGGGAAAUAAAAGCAGGCAAAGAGUAUUUGAAUCUUCAUUCAGAACCUUACGAAUUCAGUUUAUCAGUUUCAAGUAAAGGAAUCUUCAAGAACUUACAAGAAGUAAAGCCAGUGUGA